UGUUUUGUGUUUUCCCACACCGCCAUUGGCCGCGUUUUCCCCUCAAUCAAGUUCGCUUUCCGGGUUCGUCCCGCCCCCGUUUCGUCUUCCGGCGCUCCUAUUGGCUACUGUAACCUUCGGCGCGCGGCCAUUGGCCGAGCCAGCUGGUUGUCAAGGCUUCGACGUCUCCAUUCACCAUUUUGCGACUGUAGCGUAGAAUGUACACGGCCACUAGUGGGUUGUUUUCCCCCCUUCUUCUUCUUCUUCUCCUUCUCCUUCCUCCUCUCGACAUUUGAAGAAACAUGAGCGGCGACUGACCGGAGCGGCCUGCGAGCUCGCCCUAUUCCCCCCCUCCCCCCCCUCGGCGAAGCUCUCGUCCACGUUCCGCGAGCGGGCAUCUCUGAAAUCAAACGGUGGCAAGUGAAGAAGUCGCCCGGACGAGAAGAGAUGAAAGACAUUACCAGAGUGUGAAGGAGGAGGAGGAGGGGGGGGAGGAGGAGAACAGAACCGGGACAAAACCACGAGCAGGCCGGGCCUCGCUUCAUGACAAGAUGAAGCCCAUCAAAAAGCAGGGCCGGCGUUCCCCCCCCACCACCCGGGCCAAAGGGGGAAAGCGGCGCGGGGCCUGCGAGGCCCCGGAAGGAGGCGAGAAGAGAGACUCCGAUGAGAACCGAGACAGAACCGCUCAAGUCCAACAUCAACUCUCUUUCUCAUCUCAGUCGGAGUCCUCCGACCCGGUCAGAGCCCGAGACUCUUCCGACGCAGAAUCGCUUUUCAUCGACUCCGGGAAGUUGCUCGCCCCGUCGGAUGAUCGAUCCGGACAUUCGGCGUUGAGCGGCGGGAGCCACAGUGACAGCAAUGCGAGCAGCUGCAGUAACAGCAGCACACCGAGCGCCAACGGCAGCCCCAACCCCACGUCCAGUCGCAAAACCGCCACCUUUAAGGCUCGCGUUCCCAAGAAGAAGUACACAUCCGAACACUGCUCCGUGACUACCGGUGGUAACCCUAACAACCUCGCAUCCAGUACUCCCCCUCCUCUCCUUGUGAGUGGCGGGUCCCUGAACCAGGUGUCGGCAUGUCCAGGUGCUCCCGUAAAUGUUUCGCAUCCCGGUCAAACUCGGAGCAUUAUGCCCGACGGCAAAGAGCCACGUCAGGGUGGUUCCCCCGGACCGCCUGUCCUUUCGCUGCGAGGGGAAACGGAAAGGCCAGGAGGAGAAGACGUAGUCAGGGAUCCCGAGCGAGUGUCACCGAGCCCUCUGCCCCGCUGCUCCUCCACAGACACGGCCAGCGAGCACUCGGCAGACCUGGAGGUGGUCGCAGGCGUUUCCUCGCGCCCGCCCUGCAGUCUCCCCGACGCACUCACGGACGCCCUAGCCAAAGGGCUGAAAAAUCAGCGAGUCCUGGCCCGCCAGCCCCAGAGACGAAGUGACGGAGAUGGAGGUACUGAAAGGAGGAAUGACAGGAAGGGUUCUGACUUGGUUUUCUGUGCCGGUGUAGUCCGUAGAGUCAACGGGGAAUACGGAAGCCUGGAGGUGCAACUGAACGGGGAGAAGACACUCUGCCGUUAUCCUUAUCGACACAUGAGCCCCCAAGGGGUUGUAGACAUCAUCCUGGAUGCCCCGCCACCCGGUGUCCACCCCAUACCUCUCGGCACCCACGUCUGUGUGCCCUUCAGCGACGAGGAAGGCAGGGAGGGCCGGUGGUACCGGGAAGGCGUCGUGACUCAGGUGGAUACUCACCCAGCGGUGGCCAAUCGCUACCGUGUCCUGCUGUCUGAUGAGAGAGCUUCGUCUCCGAACGAAGAUGUAGAUGACAGGGUCGCAGCCAGCGGCCCCCAGGCUGUUUGGGUGUCCAGGCAAACACUCCGCCUCCUGGUGCCACCCUGGGACCUGGACCUACCAGCAAGAGAAGUGGAGGAGGACGCUCGAGAAAAUGAAAUGGAACAGGAAGACAGGGACGAAGUGGACGUCGAGCAAGAGGUGUGCCGUCUCAGCCGUGGGAUGACACCGGGUGUCGGGUCUGUCUUGGGGAGGGUGUACCCUUGCGUGAUCCCUGUCUCCUCCGCGCCGGGACGCAAUAUUACCACUCCAGUCACGCCGGCCUCAGUCCUCAGCCUGGCUCCUGCCCCGGAGUGGGACAUUGAAAAAGACCUCGGAAGAGAACGGGCUCUCCAGCGAAAACAGGAACUAGAAAGGGAGAAUAUUGCAAAGCAACAGCAACAACACCAUUCGUACAUGCCACUCAACCCUGAGGAAGACAUGGAGGUGUCCCACUUCAACAUGGUCCCCAUGGGAGCGCUAAGACCGGGGCCGAAACCCAUGGCAGUUCCUCAACACCGCCACAUCGUCUCCAAGCCCCCACCUGGCUACCUCAACCCUCAUAUGUCUGUGGUGCAGGGCAUUGGAAUUCCCUCUGGCCACCUCGCCCUAAACCCUCACCCGCCUCCCUCCCCGGUCCUGCUCGGUCUGGACCCGGCUGUCGCAGCCGUGGCAUCUAGUACUGCUGUCAUUUCCACUGCCCAGCUCCCGCCCCUGCCCCCCAUCUCCUCCAGAAUGGAGAAAGCAUCAGGAGGUGGCUCCUCCGGUGGAGGUGGCGCUUCUGGAUCCGUUUCCACUCCCUCCUCAUCUUCACGUUCGCGCACCCCACUGACGGCUGCCCAGCAGAAGUACAAGAAGGGAGACGUGGUGUGCACCCCAACGGGCAUCCGCAAGAAGUUCAACGGGAAGCAGUGGAGGAGGCUUUGCUCUCGCGAGGGAUGCUCCAAAGAGUCUCAGCGCCGAGGAUACUGCUCCAGACACCUCUCCAUGAGGACCAAGGAAAUGGAAGCCAGCGGAGGCAUCCGGGAGCGAGGAGGGGCCAGCAGCACGGGAACCUUGACGCCGUCUGACUUGCGACAUAGCGGAGGCCGGACCAGCUCGGAGUUCGACUGGGACGAAACUUCCCGAGAAAGCAGUGAGGCCAGCAGCCGCGGAGGAGACUCCCGGCCUCGCCUGGUCCUGCCCUCCCUGCUUCCCCAGGACCUUUCUCGCUUUGACUUUGACGAGUGCGAAGCGGCGACCAUGCUGGUCUCCUUGGGGGGUUCCCGUUCGGGCACGCCCUCGUACUCGCCCAUCUCCAACCAGUCCCCCUUCUCCCCGACUCCGUCACCCUCCCCCUCGCCGCUCUUCGGCUUCCGUCCGGCAAACUUCAGCCCCAUCACCGCCCCCUCCUCGCGGCAUCAUCGCCAGCUGAGCGGCACCAAACUGGGCCCUCUGGGCGCCGAACGCGAACGCCACCUCUCGGGGAUUGUGCCCACUUUUCAGACCAACCUCACUUUUACGGUGCCCAUGAGUCCUGGCAAAAGGAAGCUGGAGAGCCAUCCUCCUCCUCCGCUGGCAGCAGUCCACGACUAUCAGACCAAACCGGAGCAACAGCAAAUGGUAAGUGUCGGGGGAGGAGUGGUCGGUGAUCUGAAUCUCGGCCCCGCUGCCUUCAGAGUCCUUUCGCCCCAAAGUCAACCGCCGACACCUUCCUCGCUGACCUUCCCGCGGCCACGUAGCGCCACCAGCCGGCCCCCGUCCUCUGCCGCCUCCACGCCGCCGCCGAUGCUGGUCUCUCCCACGCCGGCCUCCCCGCUUCCCCAGGAACCUUCACCGCGCCGCGUCGUUCCCCUGCGCGAUUCUCCGGUCAUCGUCCGCAACCCCGACGUCCCCCUGGCCAAGUUCUCGGACGGGCCCCUGGCGAGGCGGGAGAGGAGCCGAUCCAGGGAGCUCACUCAGGCCCAACACGCGGUCACGCCGGGCCUGCAGGCGCCCGUUCCCAUCAACGGAGCCGCCACCAACGGCGCCGUUCUCCUGCGCAACCCCGCAUCUGCUCUGGUCCUGGUCACGUCUAGCUCGUCCCUCACCCCGACCUCAGCAGGCUACGCCGCCCUCUCCAGUUCGUCCACGUCGGGAUCGACGUCGGCUACCGCCGGCCCCGUCCCGUCCUCGUCGGGGUCCGGGGGCAGGGAGACGAAGCCCGAGGGUCACCGGGAGGCCGCCGGCGGGGGCCUGCCGCAGCCGGUGGCGUGCCACCCGACACCCACGGCGCUCCUGCCGCUCAUUCUGCCCGCCGAGUCCUCGCACCCGACCCCCCGGAAGCAAAUCAUCAUGGGACGUCCCGGCACGGUGUGGACCAACGUGGAGCCGCGCUCGGUGCCCGUCUUCCCUUGGCACUCGCUGGUCCCCUUCCUGGAGCCCGGCCAAUCGGGAGGGGACGCCCGGCCCCCCGCCGCUCACAUCCAAGAUCCCCGUCGCGGCGCGACCCCGCCGGGUGACCCGGAGAGGGCGUCGCCUUCACGUCCGCCCCCGACCAACAACAACAGCGCCCCCGCCGAGACGGGCGGGGCCGACAGCGAGACGGAGAGCGACGCCGACGACCCGUUCUCCCCCGGCGAGGCCGCCAACGACGCGGCGCCCUCGUGCGGCCCCGCCAAGAGACGCACGCAGUCCCUCGGCGCCCUCCCCAAAGACGGCGACAGGAAGAGGGAGAAGGAGCACAUCCGCCGGCCCAUGAACGCCUUCAUGAUCUUCAGCAAGCGCCACCGAGCCCUGGUCCACCAGCGCCACCCCAACCAGGACAACCGCACCGUCAGCAAGAUCCUGGGCGAGUGGUGGUACGCGCUGGGCGCCAACGAGAAGCAGCAGUACCACGACUUGGCCUUCCAGGUGAAGGAGGCCCACUUCCGAGCGCAUCCCGACUGGAAGUGGUGCAACAAGGACCGCAGGAAGUCCCUGUCGGACGGCCGGGGGGCCCCCAAGGAUCCGCGGGAGAGGAGCAUGUCGGAAACCGCAGACGCGUAUUCCGAGUCUCAGGCGCCGGAGGGCAAGCCGGCGAGCUCGCCGUGGACCGGCGGAGGCGAGCGCCAGGCGGGGGAGCCGUCGGACGGGCGGCGCCCCCGUCCCAGAGCGUUUUCUCACAGCGCCGUGCACGCCCUGGAGCGCCGCCGAGACGCAGAGAAGGAGGACGGGACCGGGUUCUUCCGGGGCCGGCCGCCGCCGCCGCCGUCCUCGCGCCACCAGGGCGGCGCCUGCGAUGACGUCACCAGCGACGAGGAACGCAUGGUCAUCUGCGAGGAAGAGGGGGACGACGACGUCAUGGAGGACUCGUGUCCCGAAGGCUCCGUCGACCUCAAGUGCAAGGAGAGAGUGACGGACAGCGACCAAGACCAGCCCGACGGACAGCGCGACGCCGCAGAGGAGGACGGCAAGGGCGGCUCCGGGGGGGCGGCCUCCCCGCCCGCGGGGGGCCCCGCGCUCUCCGCCGAGGGCCACCCGCCUCAAGAUAAGAAAUCCUCCACCCCGAUUGGAGGCCCACCGGAAGGCGGGUACACAUCCUCCGCCUCUCCCGGUCCUGGCUCACUUUUCGGGGGCUCGCCACGCCGCACCCUCGCCGGAAUCAGCCCCCGCGCCGCCUCCCCCGAGUACAUGCCGCCGGACCCCCGGAGCCCCUCCUACCGGCGAGCGGGCCCGGCGCCCGGUGACUCCCCCCCGUCGGCCGACGGCGCGCCGCACCCGGGGGCGGGAGUGACGGCUGUGACGGGAAGCGGAGUUCAAACGCAGGUGCGGAGUAAGAUGGCGGUUCCCAUGGCAACGCUCCGAGCCGGGUCCGCUCCUCCACGUGCGCCCGUCGCCUUGGUGCCGCCGCCUCUUCCUGUGCAAAACGGCGCCGCCGCAGGAAACAAGAUGGUGCAGAUCGCCCCCGCGCCGACGGUCCCGAGCAGCGUUCACGCCGCAGCGAUGAGCCGUGGGAGCCCCUUUCCCGUUUCCAUGACAACGGUGCUAGCUCCGGGCGCUGCCCCCCCGCAAACGCUUCUCCUGACCGCGCCGCCCACCAGGAUCACCUACGUGCAAUCCGGUCUGGGCGUUACCACGGCGAUGCCCCAACAAGCUUCUUCCUAUCUCUCGUCUCCCUUGACCACGUUGGGCUUCGCCGCCGUGGCGCCCGCCGGGCACACUCUGCUGGCUCCCGCGCUGACCGGCCAGAACCACAACACCAAGACCGCCUCUCCCGCCGGCGUGACCCGGCAGGUUCUCACCUCCGUCUACCCCGCCGGGCCCGCCGCCCCGUUGGCGCCCGGCGUGGUUGCCGUGACGACCCCAUCGCCCGCCGCGAACCUGGCGAUGGAGGUCGAGACGAAGAACGAGCUCGGCCGGAUCGACGUCGAGGAGCAGCGCGAUCGAGACGUCGACGACGCGGCAGAGAAACGAGAAGCCGAAGAAGUCGACGUGUCGGUCAAGGAGGAAGCGGUUGAUGUCGAAGCGGAGGAGGAAGAGGAGAAGACGAAGGAGAGCAGGGACGACCAGCGACGAGGACGCCAGACGGACAAGGACCGAGAGGCCGGGGCUCGUUGUUCUCCUCCCCCUCGCCCGCCGCCGCCCUCCGCCGAAAGAGAGCCGGCGUCCAAGAGGACCAAGUGGCGGCCGCCGCCCCUCAAAAAGACGCCCGACUCUCACGACAAGCUUUUGUCGGAGACGUACUUCGAGGAGCGUUUUGCCGAGCUUCCCGAGUUCAACCCGGCGGAGGUCCUGCCCUCGCCCACCCUGCAGAGCUUGGCCACGUCGCCUCGAGCCAUCCUGGGCAGCUACCGCAAGAAGAGGCGCAACUCCACGGAGCUGGAGCCGGCCGCGGAAGACCCCGGCUCGCCCAGGAGGAAGACCCGCCGCCUCUCCAGCUGCAGUUCGGAGCCCAACACCCCGAAAAGCGCCGCCAAGUGCGAGGGGGACAUCUUCACCUUCGACAGAGCAGGUACGGAGGGGGAGGAUCUCCUCGGAGACCUGGACCGGGUGCCCUUCUCAUCCCUGCGUCGAACUCUGGACCAGCGGCGGGCGCUGGUCAUGCAACUCUUUCAGGAACACGGCUUCUUCCCCUCAGCUCAGGCCACGGCGGCCUUCCAGGCUCGCUACGCCGACACCUUCCCCACCAAGGUCUGCCUGCAGUUGAAGAUCCGCGAAGUCCGCCAGAAGAUCAUGCAGGCCGCCACGCCGGGGGCCGCCGACGGCGGCGGCGGGGGCUUCUCGGUCGAGGGCGGCGCGCCGCCGGUCCCGCAGAGCUCCUCCGCCUUCGACGCGUCGCCGCGGGAAGACGGAGGAGGAGGAGGAGGAGCCGAACAGGCCGACGACAAAGGCCGGAACCCGGAGGAGCCCAAAAGCGAAGGUUUCUGAGAAGUGGUGGAAGGCGCUCUCGUGGCGACAACAUUCACAAAGAGAAAAGAUUCCCAAAACAAGUCCGAGUUCGGCCUCAGCACGUGUGUACAGUAGUUUGUAGUCUGUGGUACACGCGCGGGUGCGCCAAUACGCCAAUAUCUCCACGCACGCAUGCACGGUGGUGGUGCGGAUGUCACGUCCGGCGUGACGCCGACGCACCCUGAGCAAAUCCGACUGUUACCCUUGGACGGACGAAAAAGCCACUUUUGUCACUUGGAAGCGUGCAGGUGCAGUUCAGCCGUCGACUCGGCCUCGUCGUCCGUCCGCCCCUCAGCACGGUGGCUCCGGACGCGAGAGCGCCACCCCGACGACCUCCGCCGACGUUCCGCGGCCCCUCCGUGCCGCCCGCGCACGUCGCCAAGCCAUGCCCCCCCCCCCCCCCACCACCACCACCACCACCACAGUUCGCUCAGCGAUUAUAACCACAAAAUGUUCGAUUCCCGAUUCGAUUCUUUGCGUCGGGAACCGAACCGUCGUCUGAUUGUGCGCGUGUGCUCGGAGGCGGCGCGCACACGCAGAAAUCCUCAAGAGAUGGCGUGUCUGACUUGAGAAAGCGGACGCCGGACGGAAGGUCGAAUCCCAAAAAGUUCUUAUGCAAAGCGGCAAGAAGAUGUCGGGCUCUGCGACGGAGAGAGCAAACGACUUGUUGUCGGAACCUCCGCCGUUUCUUUGGGGCGGUUUUCCCGUGGCCCGCUUUUCUCUCGCGGCUUGUCUUUCUUCUUUGGACUUGGAGAAAAAAAAAAAAAAAAGGGUGAGAGAAUGUUAUCCGUCCCCUCGGCCCAACCGUGGUUUUAAAUGUACUCGUUGGGGGAAGGGGCGGCUCUCCCCCCCCCCCCCCACCCCCCACCUCGUCGUGUCUCUUUGUAAAAUGUUGAAAUCAGGUGUUUGCACAAUCUGCGCGGCCCGCCGCCGCAAGUUAAAUCAGGAAAGUAUUGUUUUUAGAGAUUGUUUUAGUAGAGCCCGUGUAAUCGAUCACCUUUUAACCCCGACCUUCGACCCCACCCCCUCCCCCCUCUCGCUCAAGCGUUGUUAGAAAGUGCCCUUAAGCACUGGUCACGGGUCAAGCGCGAUGUAGCUCAGGAUGGAUUUGGUUCGGGUUCAGUUCAGGGAAAAGCAGAUCCUCGACCAGCCCUGGGGGGCAGUCUCCGAAGCCCUCCCCUCUUCCCUCUCUUGUCGACACUUUAUCCUUUCCCAUCAAAUGGUGCAAUAGGACUUUUAUUUCAUUUUUUUUUCCGGGGAAUUUUGGGAGGGUUGUUUUCUUUUCUUUUUAUUUUUUUUUUUUGCAGGGUGGGGGGAAAAAGCUCAGUGCCAUAGAGGACGACGAGCGCUGCACUCGAGUGGGCGAGCGGAACUUAGCAAGCGAAGCAGUAUUAGCGCCACGGCAAAAAAAAAAAAAAAAAAGAAAGCAAAAUAUGACACAAAGCAAAAAAAGCGGUCACGUUUUGAGAAUAAAGUUGGAAUUUGUUGCACAAGGCCGCCGAUACCGGGAGCAUAAUAACUAAUCCGACAAACAACUGACUUGAGUCCGGAAAUAUUUAUAGAUUUUUUUAAUCCACUUUUCAUCUCAAAAUACUCAAAACAGUUCAUCUUUUUUUUUUUUUUAAUAAUGUUAUGAUCCAAAGAUUAAAAGAUUGUAUUUUAGGUUAUGAUUUUUUUUUAAUCUCGAAUAGUUUUUACUAAAAAAAAAAACAAAUACUUUUUCAUAUUCCAAAAUUUAUCUAAAAAAGUGACUAUUUGAAGAAAGGACUUUAUUUCCGUAAUAGCAUCUUUUAAUCUUGAAAAAGUGUGAGUUUAUUCUCGUUUAAAAAAAAAAAAAAAAACACUUUCAUAACAUCACGCCUUUAUCCUUGCCUGACUUUUUUUUUUUUUUUUUUGACCCAAAAUGUGACCUCAAGCACAAAUAAAAAACGCUUGACUUUCAUGUUCCAACUUUUUUCUCAAAAAUUGUGACCAUCCUGAAAAAUUGGUUCUGAUAGUGUUGCAACAUUUUCCUUGAAUUUUGGAGAAGGCUAAAGACGUAUUCUUCUUGUACGAGGACCACUGUUUUUCUCCCCAAAAUAUCCCAGUUUUGACAACUGGUAUCUUUUCUAUUCGCCACGGUAUAUUAUUUAUUUUCUUUUCGAGUGUGGCCCUAAUGCUCCUCGGUCAUGUGGGAGGGAAGACAAACGAAUGGCACGAUUGUUGUUGUUGAAGAGAUUACCGCGUAACUUUACUCAAAGUCAAAAAAUGGAAUAGCACUUUGUGGCUCUUGGCUUCCUUUGCUCGAGAGUUUGGUGGGCUCCUGAUUGUGAUUCUUAUGGGGGGAGCUUUUAUUUUUUUUGUCAAUGUUGGAUGUAUGGAAAGAGAAUGACAAAGCACAUGUGUGUAUAUACAUACGCAGUGUUCUGUACACGUGUGGGGGUCUGUGUGCACAUAUGCACACAGAGCCUCACACAUUGAGCGUUUUUCCAAGCACGUGUGUGUGUUUGGCGCACGCGCACACAAGUAGUAAGUCAACGUUUUGUCGUCAAACAGCACCCACGAGGACAAUAGUCUAUUUUUCAUGCAAGACAGUAUUUUUAUAGUCGCCAUGACUAUUUUGUCCACCAUGUUGACUGUUAUCAGUUACAUAUUCAGGAUAUACAGGAAGUAUCCGACACGCACAGGUCAAAGAAGACGACCCCGCGGCCGGGCCCGCCCGACGACCCCCCCCCCCCCCCUCCCCGCAGACGGAACGUACGUUUGUAUGUAGGCGUGUACCGUAUGAUUGUGCGUGAAAAAUGAAUUGUCCUCGAGCUGGAGAAGGAAUGUUAUAGGAUGAAUGAGGCGAGUGCGAUGUCAUAGGCAGGCAUGUUGACCAUGUGCAAUAUUUCCAAACAAUGACAAAAGAAAAACUAAAUAUUGAAAAUAUUAAAGAUCUAACACAAA